UACAAUUGAGGAUUAGGAACCAAUCACGAAUCACGUUGUUGCGACGUCCAGUGCUGCACGCUUGCAUGAGAGAAACAAAUAAACAUAUUUAACAACUUUCUAAACCGAUUCAAGCAUGGAUGCUCAAAAAGACGUGCAACCUCCCAAGCAACAGCCUAUGAUCUACAUAUGUGGGGAAUGCCACACUGAAAAUGAAAUUAAGGCUCGUGAUCCAAUCAGAUGCAGAGAGUGUGGAUACAGAAUCAUGUACAAGAAGAGAACGAAGAGAUUGGUCGUGUUUGACGCGCGGUGAAGUGGACGACGACAACAUUAACUCAUUUUUGUUCUGUUAGUUUUUAGUGUGUCACAGUGUUGCACCAAGUCACCAACACUCCAUAUUAUUUCUAGGAAAUGCCACAGGCUUGGGAAGCGGUGCCAGGAUGGGUGCCUUGGCUUGGGAAGCGGUGCCAGGAUGGGCGCCCUGGUGGUUGACUAUGUUUCUGCAACUGUAAUCAAUGAUAGAUAUGGUGUAUAAAAUACAUUCUGAUUGA